AUGUCUCUUAAAUCUCACACCUCUCUGAGGGUCCCGUGGGCCUGCCAGGCCUCCGUUCUGGACUUCCCCCUCCUCGCUGGCCCCGGAGGCAGGGGCAGGGGAGCACCCGGGAUCCUCAAUCCUCCAGCUUCCUCCUUUCUUGUUAAUUCCUUUCUUUGUUUGGCUCUGCCAGCUCCCCGGAGGGGGAGGGGAGAGGAGAAGGAGCCCAGGGAAGGAAACCCAAUCCUUUUGCAGGGCCCGGAGGGACCGGGUUCCCUCAGCCACCAUCCGUCCCAGGAUGCUCCUCCUCCCCUAAGCAAGUGA